GCGUCGCUUGUUCAAUAGCUUUUUGUCCGCUGAAGUCUGAACACUUGUUUUCUAAUACGAUCGAUCCGAAUCGCUCGACAGAACAGUAUAGCAUUGCUGAAGACUCCAUUUAUAUUCGAUUCCACUUAUUAUUUUUAAUCAUUCAACAUGCAGAUCUUUGUCAAAACUUUGACUGGUAAAACUAUCACUUUGGAAGUUGAGUCAUCUGAUUCCAUUGAAAAUGUUAAAGCUAAAAUCCAAGACAAGGAAGGUAUCCCACCAGAUCAACAGCGUUUGAUCUUUGCCGGAAAGCAACUUGAAGACGGACGCACACUUUCCGACUACAACAUUCAAAAAGAAUCUACCCUUCACUUGGUGUUGCGUCUCCGAGGUGGUAUGCAAAUCUUCGUAAAGACCCUCACAGGAAAGACCAUAACAUUGGAAGUAGAAUCAUCUGAUUCCAUUGAAAAUGUUAAGGCCAAGAUCCAAGACAAAGAAGGUAUCCCACCAGACCAACAACGUUUGAUCUUUGCCGGAAAGCAACUUGAAGACGGACGCACACUUUCCGACUACAACAUUCAAAAAGAAUCUACCCUUCACUUGGUUUUGCGUCUCCGAGGUGGUAUGCAAAUCUUCGUAAAGACCCUCACAGGAAAGACCAUAACAUUGGAAGUAGAAUCAUCUGAUUCCAUUGAAAAUGUUAAGGCCAAGAUCCAAGACAAAGAAGGUAUCCCACCAGACCAACAACGUUUGAUCUUUGCCGGAAAGCAACUUGAAGACGGACGCACACUUUCCGACUACAACAUUCAAAAAGAAUCUACCCUUCACUUGGUUUUGCGUCUCCGAGGUGGUAUGCAAAUCUUCGUAAAGACCCUCACAGGAAAGACCAUAACAUUGGAAGUAGAAUCAUCUGAUUCCAUUGAAAAUGUUAAGGCCAAGAUCCAAGACAAAGAAGGUAUCCCACCAGACCAACAACGUUUGAUCUUUGCCGGAAAGCAACUUGAAGACGGACGCACACUUUCCGACUACAACAUUCAAAAAGAAUCUACCCUUCACUUGGUUUUGCGUCUCCGAGGUGGUAUGCAAAUCUUCGUAAAGACCCUCACAGGAAAGACCAUAACAUUGGAAGUAGAAUCAUCUGAUUCCAUUGAAAAUGUUAAGGCCAAGAUCCAAGACAAAGAAGGUAUCCCACCAGACCAACAACGUUUGAUCUUUGCCGGAAAGCAACUUGAAGACGGACGCACACUUUCCGACUACAACAUCCAGAAGGAAUCUACUCUUCACUUGGUGUUGCGUCUCCGAGGUGGAGCACAAUAAUUUUAACUUGAUUUAUUAAUUCGUCUUUAUCCAAAAUGUGAACCAAUGAAAUGUAUUUCAAAAUUUAAAUAUUCCAAUCCUCACUAAGCAUUUUCUUUUUCUUUUUUAUUACAGUUCAACAUUAUUCUAACACAACAUUCAAUUUGAAAGUCAACAAAUAAAAAUAAUUUUACUAUUCAA